UCUAACUUUGCAGGUGCUUGUGGAGGUUCCUUACUUGUUAGUACAAGCAGCUACCUAUGUUAUUGUCACUUACCCCAUGAUUGGAUUCUAUGGCUCAGCAUCCAAAGUGUUUUGGUGUUUCUACUCAAUAUUAUGUGCACUUCUCUACUUCAACUAUCUUGGGAUGCUGCUUGUCUCCAUCACACCAAACUUCCAAAUUGCUAACAUCUUGUCGUCUGCCUUCUACACUAUGUUCAAUCUCUUUUCUGGCUUUCUUAUUCCCCAUCCGCAAAUCCCAAAGUGGUGGACAUGGUUGUAUUACAUGAGCCCAACAUCAUGGACUUUGAAUAGCUUACUAACAUCACAAUAUGGAGAUAUAGACAAGACACUGAUGGGGUUUCAAGAAAAGACAACAGUAUCAGCUUUCUUAAGAGAUUACUUUGGCUUUCACCACAGUCAACUUCCCCUUGUGGGAUUCAUUCUCAUUCUCUUCCCUCUUCUUUUUGCUUUUCUUUUUGGAUUUUGUAUUGGAAAUUUGAACUUCCAGAGAAGGUAAGCAAAACCAAUUUCUUCCUUGCUUUCCUUUGUAGAUAAUAAGUUUUGGAGUUUUGGGGUUAAAUUACAAAUUUAGUCCCUAUAAUGCACGGGACAAUCUGAACCUACUUCGAGAUGAAAGGAACGAACAUAAUCAAAGUGAGUAAUUCGAGUAUUAUUCGGUUAUUAUCCCAACCCAUAAAGAUUUUAGUCUCUAUAAAUUAGAGUAACAUCCUGCUACUAAACAACAGCAACAAGAUUUUUGUCUCCAAGUGAGGAAUGAAACAUUCUUUAUAAGGGUGUGGAAACUUCUC